AUGACAAGAAACAACACCAAAAGAAAGUCCAUGAAUCAGAUCCGAAUAGUUAUUUGUGAUACCAAUGAAGUUGUAGCUAGGAAAUUACACCAAUAUGUUCCCAAGAAGCUUACAUUAUCACAGCAGGCAGUCUGUACACACCAUGGCCCUUUGGAAUCGCUUAUAAACUCUAUGAGAACUGAUAAAAAGAAACAUCCCGGUAAUAAGUAUGCCAUUGUCUCACCAGGUAACUCUUUCGGUUAUUUAGGUGGUGGGUUUGACUUGGCACUGUUCAACUAUUUUGGUGGUAAGCCCUUUGAAUCUUGGUUUAGGAAAGAACUUGGUAAUAGAUAUCAUACAGUGGGAUCUGCAACAGUGAUAGACUUGACAAGAUGUCCACUGAAUGAUAUUAAUGAACUACGAGAUGGUAUUCAGUACAUUAUCCAUGUCCCUACUGUUGUUGCUCCAACAAAACCUAUCUACCAAGAAUCCCAGAAGCUUAAAACAGGUUAUGAGCCUGUAUUUAAUGCAAUGUGGAAUUCUGUAAUGCAUGCACCUCAUGAUGUGGAUGGUUUAAUUAUUCCUGGUCUAUGCACGGGUUACGCUGGCGUACCACCCGAUAUAAGUUGUAAGAGUAUGGCCUUUGCGCUUUCCCUUUACAUGCUUCAGGACAAGAUAUCUGUAGAGCUUCGAAACGCAUUGAUAAUGUACUUCUUGGGUUAUCCAUUCAAACCAUUCAUAUUAGAAUCAUGUUUAGAAGAGUGUCAGGCGCUAGGACUUAAUAUCCACUCACUUGAGAGUUUCAAUGUGGAAGAAGAUGACAUUCAGCAAUUGCUACCCAAAUUUUAA